ACAGUUUGAAUAUCGAAUAUCGAAUAUCAAACCAACUUCAUGCCGGUCUUGGAGCCGGGAUGUGAUGUCUAACUCUAACUAAGAACGUAGAGAGUUGACGGUUCGUUCGCAGACUUUUUAUUGCUAGAAUUCUACAUUAUGACUUCCGUUUUCUUGUAUGUCCCCAACAUUAUUGGGUACAUCCGUCUGGCCUUGAUCUUCAGUAGCUGUUUCUUCUACUCUACAAAUGCUGUAGUCUUCAUUAGCCUUUACCUUGCUCAGUCAAUACUUGAUGGACUUGAUGGUGCACUGGCAAGAAAGCUUAAACAGACCUCAGCAUUUGGUGCCUGGUUUGACGUUGUUAUCGACAAUCUAGGGCGGGGUAUGCUAUGGUGCAGAUUAUUCAAGUGGGGUUACUUCAUAGCAGCCAUGGAGUGGUUAGUGUUUGUCUGUACACAUAGUCUGGGUGCUCAGUGGAAAACAACUAAAGUUCAAGCACCAUGGAUUGUUAGCAAAGUUAUGGAAAAAAAUUUCAAGACACCACUUGGGACAUUCACUAUUCUAGGUCUAUUUGUUCUACCUCUUUGGCUCUAUGCACACUAUACGGGUGUCCUUGGCAAGACGUUAAGAGUACCCAUCUCUGUACAGUAUGCUGGUAUUGCGUUCCUCAGUACUGGCAGGGCGUUUGCUUUUGCAGUUGAGUCCCACUUUGUCUAUUCCCACAUACUGUACUUGACGAGGGAUGAAGACAAGUAGCACAUCCAAGAAUGACCAUGGAUAUUACUUAUAAACAAUGGAUAGCUCAAGCUCACAGAAUGAGCUUCCUCUUAUACGGGGGUAACAAAGUGGAGGACAUGCCAUUUUGGACUGCAUGAGAAUCCUCACAAGAAAAUGGCAAGUACUGAAAGGUAAUUUGAACUGAUAUGCACUAUUUGUCUGAUGCCCAUGAUCUGAACUUAUGCACAAAAAAUGAAACUGCCUUUUUUUUCAAAUAUAUAUAUUUAUGUACACAUUAUGUAUAUUAAGAAAUGAAUAUAAAGGAAGUACAACGUCCAAACUGGCAUUCAUUUUGCGAUAGCUUUUAUUCAAUCAAGUUCAUAAUUUUCACGUCAUAUCAUCUUUAUCAAAUAUAUGAAAUGUAUAUGAAAAAUGAAAUAUAUAUAGUAAAAAAUCAAGAUUUAAAGUCAUAGAAAAUCUGUAUUAUAAUCAUGUUAAUGAUGAUGAUCAUAAGUUCUGAAGACUAUUAUGUUUUAGAUAACAAUACAAAUUUCUGAUCAUGAUUAGGUAAUUCAAAGAGUAAUUUUCCAUAUGGACCAAUUCAAUUAAACAGCUGUUUCUUAAAAGCCAUGAAAUAUUAUGCACAAAGAUUGAGGUUUCUCAGGAUUGCCAACCAUAGAUUCAUGUAUGUUGUAAUGUAUGACAUGCGAUGUGUGCAUUAGACCUAUUUGAAAUCCCUUUAUGAAUUUCUUUGCCACCCGCCACCCAGAUGUGAGAUAAAAUCUUGGUGGAUGCAAAAACUCAAAUGUAUUUCAUUAAGCAUAGUAGACAGCAAUGUGGUGUCUGACUGAAGUAUUCCAGAGGGAGUGGUAAAUUUGCAUGUGUGUGAUUGGUGCAUAAUGAACUUGUAAAGUCUGUUUGUGGAGAUAUUUUGACCAUGGUGUACAUGUAAGUAUAUGCAUUUAAAUCAACCUGCAACGGUUCAGACAGGGUUUAAGACUAUAAGUCUUAAAUUUAAUUCAUAUUUUGACUGAAAUUAUUUGUAAAUGUAAAGCAUGAUCUCACAGAUUCUAAGACGAUGGUAUAUUAUAUGAAUUGUGAAACAAAACUUUCUCUCCUUUUAAAUAAUUUGUGUGCUAAAAUUAGACUUUUAAGAGAAAUGUUGAGAAUACAUCUUGUUGCAAUCUCAGACAGCUGUGAAAUAUCUAAAAACUUGAAGAAAUGUAUUUGUGUGUGAUUUUGAUAUACAUUCUAAUAUGCUGAUACUAUAUUGUGUAAUUCAUUCUAUCAUAAUUUGUUUAUUGUUCUGUUAAACUCAUUCUAAUAUGAAGAAUAUUUAUAAUUCAUCCAUUGUGUUUGUUUAUUCUUUCAGAGUGUAUUGUUUACUUUUAUUUUUUUGUUUAUACUCUCUGAGUGUAUAAAUCAUUCCAUUUUUUUUUGUAUCAAAUUAAGUGCCUAAUUAUUUUUCUUUAGGUUUUUAUGUACACAUGUUAAGUACUUAAAGUGAUUGGUUGACAAUUUCAGAUAUGAGUUGGCAUAAAAUAGCAAUCUGAAAGUCUCAACAGGGAGUAGUAACAGUAUUUUUAAAAUGAAAAAAAAAAUCUUAUGUUUGGUUUUUGCAUUAGUUGUUUUGAUUUCUUUAUUAGAUAAAAAAAAAUUACAACAUUAAAAUGUUGAAAGUAUUAUACUUCAUUAUUUGUAUUUUAGCCAUGAAAUUCUGAGGCAAUGUUUGAAAAUGGUAAUGAUCGUAAUAUAUUCUCACAAUCUCUGUAACUCAUCCAUGAAUUAAAUUUAUUUAUUCAUUCAUUUUUUUUCCCGGGGGGGGGGGGGUCAUUUUUUCUGUUCUUAUGACCCUUCUUAUUUAUCUUCUCUAUUUAGGGUUUUUUUUCUUCAUGCUUCUGUUCAUUCUAAUUACAGUUUUUAUUACACACGAUGGCUAUCUUUGUAGACUCUAAUAGGAGGAAAAUUGUCCAUAAACCCAAUUGCAUAUUCCCCUGUCUCUGAUACAUUAAAAAAAUAAUGUUCAUGUAUAUUGAUUUCGUCUCAGUUUAAAGCUGAUUAAUGCCAGGAGAUUUUUAUUUUCUUUAACAAGUUUAGGAUUAAUUGUAAACUGAAAUAUUUCGUUUACAAACAUAGUUCAUUUGUUAGCAUUUGUUUUGAUACCUGAAGUAAUCCUUACAAUCUUCUGCCCCGCUUAAUUCAAAGAUUUUGCUUCCCGAUUUUUUUUAAUAUAUUGCAUUAGGAUAUGUGAUUGCUAUGUGAAUUAAAAGGUUAAAGCAGUCAGACAAUCCUGCUAUUUGAAAUAGAAUAAAAAUAAGGUUUAAAAACACACUUAAUUAAUUCAAAUGAAGUACCGAUAUAUUCUAGUUUAAACUCCAUCUAUUUAAAAACAAGAAAAAGGAAAUACUGAAUUGAAAUAUCCCAGAGAGUACAAAUACCAACAAAUUUGAAUAAGAGACACAGAUUAAUCUGAAUGAUAUUUAUAAACUCCCGACUUUUGCCAGGAAAUCCUAUAUUUGCCAUUGAUACAAAAUAACUUGGGUUGGUUGACAGUAGGUACCAAGAUAAUUGUUGCUCCAUGAAAAGACAUGUUCACUGCAUAAAGGAAACAUACAAAAUUAUAGUACACUGAAUUGCUAUUACAUGUAUAAGAGAGCUUCCUUAUCCAGUCUUUAUGCAGGAAGUCAAAAUGUGAGAUUUGGAAGUAUUUAACCUUUCAUGAAAUAUUUCUUCAUUGGUAAGUUCGGGAUGUAUGAAUCAUUAUCCAUCACCAUAAAUCAAUUAAUGCUACCCUCUGCUCGCUAUUGUCCGUUGCUUUGAAUAAAUAGAUACAUGAACAGAUUGAAA